AUGAAGACGGAAGUUUCUGAUGCUAUUAGCAAUGACAUCGAUGAGGAUGAGGAAGCUCUCCCUCUUCCAACCGAAUCCGAACUUGACGACACUUUUGAUGAAACCCGGAGACGCCUAAAUGAGGAGAUGCGAGAGGAGGACGAACGACUUCAACAGCUUUUGGCAGACGAAGAAGCUGAGAUGAUCAGCGACGAUGAUGAAACGAAAGAGGAACGUGAAGAGCAGAGGCGUAAAGAACGAGAGCGGAAUCGAAUGGAAAGGUUUGUGCACAUUGUGCAACCACUUACAGUUCAGUUUACGCGCACAUUAAAACCUCACUUCCAGAAAAGAAAGGGCGCGAGCUGA